UUCCGAUCGAACGCGAACUCCACCAUGGCUAUGCAGAGCGGAAUAGGGGUUUCCAAGAUCCUGAUCUUAGCUGGGGCAGGGUAUACUGGCACCAUCCUUCUUAAGAACGGUAAAUUAUCCGAGCUGCUCGGAGAUCUUCAGUCAUUGUUAAAUGGAUCCGGGGAACACGCAGACGGUGACUAUGAUUCCCUCACAGCACAGAUUAGCCGAAUGACAGCUGAGAUAAGGCAAAUUGGCUCGUCGCGUGGCGGGGGAAUGGUUUUUGUGAAUGGGAACGGUAGCCAAAUUGGUAAUAUGACAUCACUAAUAAUGCCAGCAACUACCUUGGGAGCAGUGGGUUAUGGAUACAUGUGGUGGAAGGGUCUAAAAUUCUCAGAUAUGAUGUAUGUGACAAAGCGUGGUAUGGCUACUGCUGUUGAGAACUUGACAAAAAAUUUGGAUAACGUGAAAAAGGCUGUUACUAAAGCAAAGAAACACCUGACGCAGAGAAUUCGGCAUGUGGAUGACAAAAUGGCAGAGCAAAAUGAGCUUUCAAGGUCAAUUAAGGAAGAUGUUGCUGGAGUGCAACAUUCUCUCACUGAUAUUGACUAUGACUUGAGUAGAUUGCAGAGCAUGGUUUCUGGUUUGCAGCAGCUCAGGCUUUUUCAGAAGUUCAAAAGAUGGAGUCUUUAACGAGAAAAAGGGAGAAUUUGCAAAAGAAA